AGGAGGCGAUCAGACAAGGUCGACUUUUCUGGAGGAGACACAGCCUGCGAGUGGAGCGUGGUGCUGAAUUUAAUCUGCGUUCCCCAGCCUCUGGGAGAGCGGGGGAGAGGCGCUGGAGUACAGCUCCAGCCCGGGGACAGCCGAGGGAGCCUGGGCCGGGCCCGUCAGAAGCCCCACUCCAUCCCUGGGCGAGCCGAGCGCUCCGGUAGAGGCUGCUGGAGACGCCGGCGCGUGACCCCGGGGUGGGAUCGGAAGAGGCGGCGGUACCUUGGAGAGCUCCGAGCCUGCCGCCUUGCCAGGCGCGCCGGAGGAUUGGCCCAGCUGGCCGCAGCUGCGGCGGGCGGCGACUUGCCGGGCUCCGGGCAUCUGCCAACGGGAGGAUCCCUGUGUGCGAGGCUGCCUGGUGGGGAGUUUCUGCUUUGUGGUAUAUGUGGAAUACUGUGUGCCAAAAAAAAAUCUGGACUUGUCAUGAUCCUUUUUUCAGCCUGUUGCAUCUGCGGACUAAUUGGAGGAAUAUUAAAUUUUCAGUUCCUUCGUGCUCUGACAAAGAAGUCCUCCACGCUCUAUUCUUUGCAUCUUACUUCCAUGUCUCUUGCAUGCAUUGGAAUUGGAGGUUGCACACUUUCUUCCUGGCUCACUUGCCGGCUAGCCAGCUAUGAACAAAGGAGAAUGUUCUCUGAAAGGGAGCAUUCCCUGCAUCAUUCCCAUGAAAUGGCAGAGAAAAGAUUGAGGGGUAUUGAAAUAAUCAACCUGCCCAGCUGCCCGGUGGUUCCCCCGACACCAGAGUUACCUCCAAGGAAAUGACAGACAAUAUGAGCAAUGGAGGACCACAGCUGAUUUAUAAUGGAAGAGUGUAUGAAAAGAUUUAAAAGUUAAAGGGAAAAAUAUUUUUAUGAUUUUCUUCAGGACAAACAAAGACACCAGGAGACUGAUAUGAAAUGGAAACAGUCUUGACUUUUAUUGCUAGAAUUUCAGAACUGCAGAACAGCACAGUUGCAUUUAGAAACAUACCUGAAAUUUCUCUCCCAAGGAUUUUGUGGAUAUACAGUAUUUAUUCACUCCACCUCUAUUCCUUUUUUUCUUUUUGUCUGCAUAAUGUUCCAGAAUUAUUAUAGCACUCAAGAUAGACUUUUCAGACUCUUCUUCUCAUGAAGACUUUUUAAAAAAAAACGAUUUAAAUGGAGAGGGUUUAACCAGAAGAUUGUACAGUGGAGAGAGUGCAAAUCAGACUUGUAAAAAGCUUGCAUUACACAUGCAGAGUCCAAAUGAGUGAAAGAUGAGAGUGCUGAAAACAACACUGAUGUCUUUGUUUUGAAAGACAGAAUGCUUUAAGAAUUCCUUAAAUCAAAACCUCAACAAUGCCUUGUUGUAAAGAAAUUGUAAAUAUUUCCAAUUUGUGAAUGAAGUAUAUUUCGUAAUUUGUUCAUAAUAGAUGACAAAUAAAAUGAAAUCUAAAACUGA